ACGGCUCGGUCGGUCUGUCGUUCGCUGGCGGCCUAAAACGUUGGCGCGCCACGGAAGCCUGGUGUUCAAGCGAAGUGAAGGCUUAAAUGGCCUGUAAUCAUAUAUCUACCGAAUUGAGCGAUUUCACGCUGUGAUACUUUCGGAAGUGGUUGACGCUGGAGAGAAGGAUGUUGGAAAAAGUAUAAGAGGAUUUUCUUCUACGCAAGGAUAACAUCCAGUAUUGAUAACGAAUCUGCUGGUGAAUAGUGCAUGAAGUGAAGUGAUGCUUUAUCAGCUCUCCGUCAAUAUGUUAUGGCAUUACGUGCUCAAAGAAAUGAAGAUUGAAUAGAGGAUAUUAACUUGUUGAUUGAUUUUUCGCUUCGUAUCUGAUUCCAUCGUUGAAAACUUGAUAAGAUCUACUGAAGAUUUGCGUACGCCUACGCCUAUGCCUCGACCAAACUUGUCAUCGACCCGCUUCGUUAAUUGUCUCAAAGGAUUGAGCUAGAAGUGCUUUAUCAGAAUUUGAUGUCGUCCGAGUGCUGCCGUUGAUCUUAAUUCAUUUUCACGACUGCAGUGGAUAGAAAUGUGUAUCCAAAGAUAAGAAGCCAGUGAAAAAUCCGAGCACAAGUGUGUUUGUGCGAUGAAUUGAAUUUUUCUCUGCAGUUGCUCGAAAUCUGUAGUUGACAAGUGCUUCAUAAUGGUGGUAAUUGGCACAUUCAGUGGAUGCAUUGUCAUGUCGGUGAAAUUAAAUGAUUUUUGUGGCCAUGGGUGCGAAUCGAUAGAAAUGUGUUUAUAAAGUGAAUAAUUGAAAGGUGGAGACAGGCGUAAUUAAAUUAACCGUUACUGACCCUUCCACUAGGGAGGCUGCUUCGGAGAAUAUCAACCGAAGCGGUGCCUUUGGAAGGAGAUAAACGAAAGCGGUGAUAUUUAUGGAGUGAAAACCAAAACCAAGUGAAAACAUUCUCAGAAAUUAUGAUGUGUGUUGUGGGAAUACCUUGGAAAUGCACAAAAGAUAAGACUUAUUCGGAUGUAUACGGUCGGAAAAUGGAAGAAUGAAGAUUUCGAAUUUUAUCGCCAGGGGAGAAGCAAUUUUUCGUUCGUUGGAGCCACACGGAAGAAAGAAAAACAAAGCCACAAGAUUCUCGCACCACCAAACGAUUGCUUUCGUUGGGAUGCAAAUCCGAGGCAUUUGAGUCUGCGAGUGAUGGUGGUAGCGGAACAAAAUUAAAACGCUAGGGCUAGGGCAGAAGUUUAAAUGCAUGGAUGGCGGAAAGUGCCGAAGUGAAAGUGGAGUGAAUGAAUGCAAUGAAAGAAAAUUGUAUCGCGUUGUGGUGCUUUCUCCGGACCGCGCUGUGUCUAAAGUGGGUGACUGUGUACGCCUCUUUGUGAGGCAGAGAGUGAUUUAAAUUGUUUCUAGAUUGUGAUCCUUCAUAAGUCCUUUCCACUUCUCCCCGAAAAAGCGAAAUGCAGUAUAAUGCAAAGUGACACAUUGUGUGGAAUAAAGUGAUGCUAGAUCCACGCUGGGAUGGGUGCUUUCCGGUUACGCAUUCAUGCUAAAACUUUGAUGAAAAAGGUGAAGUGAAGUAGGACCCAGCCACCCUGACAGUAUAAUUCAAUUCGUUGCUGUUUGAGAAUAAGUGCGAUAAUUGAAACGGCAACAUCGCUGAAUUGGACAAAAAGGCGAGCACUGGGAAAAAAAAUGAAUGUCAGAAGCUAUUAUAGUGUUAUGAAAAAGCAUCCAAAAAUGUUCUCCCGCACAACAAUGUUUGCGAAGAAGCUAGACUCGUCUUCCGUGACAACGUGUUUGUACCGAGUACUGUUUACUGCGUGUGAUAUCAAAGAAAAGUGUCAACUCAUUGGGAAGCACUCACUGUAAACAAGAACAAAUAUCCUAAACCAAAGAAAAAUAUCCACGUCCAGAGUGCUUCUGUCCUCCUGUCUCGAGGAUGACGCCCAACAGCGGUUAUGGCACUACCGGUGCCACUCUGGCACAUUGGCCAAACGCCACGACAGCAGUUCUCAUCACACUCUACACUACCUUGGCAACAGUUAGCUCUCCAGGGGUGAAUCUGCCGUUUCCCACGCCCUCGGACCGGGCCUGGUUGCCACUGCUGAACUACACACUGGGCGAUGCAAAUUUCACCAGUGUCGGCAACCACGGUUCGCUCAACGAGUCAUCCCAGCCGCUGCACCCUUGCGAUCCCAGCAAUGUUGACUUCCAAUGCACCGUCCAGGAGUUUCUGGAGUACGCCCGUGGUCCGCAGCAGAUGCCACUAACGACCGCUCUUCUUGUAACGGUGCUGUUCGUGGGGAUCCUCGUCACCGGAGUGAUCGGAAAUUUAAUUGUGUGCCUGGUGAUUAUUCGUCACCCAUCGAUGCGCACCGCCACCAAUUAUUACCUGUUCAGCCUGGCUGUCUCCGAUCUCAUCCUCCUGCUGUUGGGCCUUCCGUACGAAAUCAGUCUCUACUGGCACCAGUAUCCGUACAACUUAGGGCUGGUGUUCUGCAAGAUUCGGGCGCUAGUUUCGGAAGCCUCCACGUACGUGUCGGUGCUGACAAUUGUGGCAUUCUCGAUGGAGCGGUUUCUGGCCAUCUGUCAUCCACUGCAUCUCUACACGAUGUCCGGGCUGCAACGCCCCGUUCGGAUUAUCGCCGGGCUCUGGGUCGUAAGCAUCUUCAGCGCAGUGCCUUUCGCCGUGUUCACCGAUAUCGAUUACCUCGAAUAUCCCCCCACCCAUGAGAAAAUUAUGGAUUCCGCCUUCUGUGCGAUGCUGAGCAAUCCGGAGGGAAUCCCCCUAUGGGAGCUUUCGACGUGUCUAUUCUUCGCCGCUCCGAUGGUUGUGAUGAUAGUGCUGUACGGCAGGAUGGGCAUGCAGAUCCGCUCCCGAACGCAGAGGACAGCCGAACUCGGCGUUCGGAACGACUCGGUAAAUGGUCCAUCACGGAUAUCCCAAUCACGAAAGGCCAUUAUUCGCAUGCUCGCUGCUGUUGUGAUAACGUUCUUCGUCUGCUGGGCACCGUUCCACGCCCAAAGGCUGCUCUUUUUGUAUGCCCGGAAUUGGCAGCACUUCAACACGGUGAACACCUGGCUGUUCUCAGUCGCCGGAUGGCUGUACUACGUGUCGUGCACCAUCAAUCCGAUUCUUUACAACGUGAUGUCACAUCGGUAUCGUGUGGCGUUCCGGGAAACCCUCUGCGGCCGGCGACGAGGCCACGGAUCUGGGUUUGCAAGAGAUCAAUCGAGCUUCCGCGAGACCACGAUGGAUGUCAACGUGGGCUGUGAGACGUCAAGGCUGCUGCGGGCACGAUCAAUGAUGCAAUCCAAGCGGUCCCUCUGCAAGGGCAAUUUACAUCCGAAUAAUAGUGUCCGCUAUGACAACUGCAUCAGACGGAACUCCUUGCAGAUUGGUCACUUUGUGCCAGGAGGGCGCGGAUCUCAUUCAGCCAACACGACCGCUGAAAUGGUCGUAAUGCUGAAAAACAAUCUGAGCGGAAGAUCCCGUUGUUAUACGACGUCAGCCUCGACGCUAGUCUCAACAAUGGUAUCCACGACGUCAACAACGACAUCAGCCGCCAACGACGGUAUCAUCAAGAUUCCCCUGAUAAGCAUCAACGGAGGCAGCAGUUGUCUGGCAAAUAAUGUCACCCAGUUCCCGCCCAACAACAACAACGGAUGUGGUGUCAUGGAAAACAACAUUUCCACCGCAUCGACCCCGCUGGUCUCGUCAAGGGCGUCAUCCAGCUAUUCCAUAAAUUUAAGUCAAACGCACAAAUCCCCACAAGAGCACAACGAAUCUCCAACCAUCGAUGAUGCGGAAAGUAAUUUUCCUCAUCGGCAGCAUCCAAAUCAACAAUUAAUUAACGGCGCCGAAAGUGAGGAGUGCGACAGUCAGAGUGAUCUGAAACACGAGACCACCAUUUAACAGCCGAACGUCGUAUGCUUUAAUCAUCGCGACCACCAACUCAAAACAUAUUCGAGCUCAACGAAGCACGGUGAUUGGCAACAGGUAGACAACCCUAUUCAAUCGAACUACCACGAGCCAGACAUGGUUGUAUGAAUAAUGGAGAGACUUUCAGACGCGUAUUGACCACAAACAGUAGUUAUUUGUAUAUAAUAGAAUCUCGUUAGGAUAGAUUAUUACAAUUUUACGCAUCGUAAAGCUGGACAGCAGUACCUACAAAAAAAAAGCGAAUGUGAACGAGAGUAAGAACAAACAAAACUGCAAUUACGUACCUCUUGUAUAAAGUUCACCCUAUAGCUUUAAGCGGAUGUUGAAUUGAUCCAUCGCUGUCAUUAUUUUUCCCGGAAUCGGACAUCCAUCAUGCUAAUGUUGGUCCGCGAUACGGACACGGAACACUUUGAGUGAGUAAUAUUGGCUAUCGUGGACGAAUUUAUCCCACAAAAACGGAGCUUCGGGCAGCAUCAUGGAAAUGAGCUAUUGUUUUCGAUAUUUCAGUUUAUGGUGUAUUUUUUGACACGACAUUUGCUUUACUAGU